CAGCAACUUUUGUAAAAGCAAGACGUGUAUAAUUUUAAAAAAUAAUUUUUUUCGUGUAAUUUGCUGAACCAGUCUUGCAAUUAAAAUUCAGUUGAUUGACCGUUUUUCGUAACAAAAAAUUUUUAUUGUGAAAAAAUCCACAAAAAUAAAUCAAUAUUCAGCAAAAAUAAAAAAAAAUUACAUCGUGUGGAAUUUAUUGGGUCGAUAAACGUCUUGUAAUAGACUCAUCAAUGUCAAAAGAAAAAAAAAGUGCAACGAAAAAUAAAAAAAAAUAAAUAAAUAGAAAAGCCGAUAAUAUGAUAAUAAUGACAAAUCACUAGAACUGCAUUUACGAACACGAAAGAGAAAUAAAAAAAAAUCUACAAUUUCAGUGUAAAAUUUUUGUUUAUUGUGUUUCAGUGUUACUAGAGCUCUUGCGGUCGGCAAACGUGUGUCUUGUUUACUCGGUCGAAAAAAUAAAAAUAAAAAUUGAGAAAAAAUUCGUGAGAAAAAUCGAAUAAAAAUUUUUAUCACAAGAGAGUCUAUUUUAUUUACGAUUUCACGUCGACGAUCGAGUGAAGUGAAAAAUUUUGUAAUAAAAAAAUUGAAAAAAAAAUCUAAUAAAAAAUUUUACGACCAGCAAGUUGCAUUGAAUUUCCUGUUAUUAAUUGUUGUUGUUUUUUUUUUGUGAUAAUUUGCAUUUGUUUUUAUCAUCAAAGUUGAUAAUUUUUAUCUAAAAAAAAAAAUGGAAGAAAGUCCAGAACACAAAGUUGAAAGUGGCAAAGAUCAAGAAAAUCCAUCGUCAUCGUCGGAGGGCGGAGAAGCAGACAAACCUGCACCAAAAACCGCCGAGAAAUCCAUCUUUGAUAGUUGUGUCCCGAAAUCAUGGCUCGAGGAGGGAUCAUUUUGGAACCACCCGGCAGGUCCGAAAACUAUUUUCUUUUGGGCUCCGGCGUUUAAAUGGGGUCUCGUAUUAGCCGGUCUCAAAGAUUUGGCCCGUGCUGCCGCAUCUCUCUCAAUCGCACAAACUAUCGCCCUUUUCUUCACCGGAUGCAUCUGGUCCCGUUAUUCUCUCGUUAUUAUCCCGAAAAAUUGGUCGCUGUUUGCCGUGAAUGCCUUUGUGGCACUUACGCAAAUGGUGCAACUGGGACGUGCCAUUCAUUAUCAUUAUUUUACGGAUCAUCCGGAUGGUGAUCUGAUAUUACCGACUAAUUCAUCAAUAUCACUGGCGGACAUUAUUACGAGUGACGGCGGCAGUGGGUAUGGGCCGUUGAUGGGAAAUCUCACAGCUGGAGCAAUAGAGCACGAUGGCGUCAUUUGAAUUUAAUUUUAGAAAAAAAAAAAUUAGAAAAGUUACCAAUGCAAAAAAAGAAAAUAUUAUUGUAAUGUUGCUUACACUAUUUUUUUACGAGAAAAAAAAAUAGGUACGAGUAUUUUUUUAUCAUUAUUGG